UUCCACGCAGAGUGUCUGUGGCUGAACUUCCUCAGUGUUGGGACUUUGUGCGGCUCCAGACUGAGCUGCUCUCGGCUCGUUUCGCACUUUCCAGCACAUGACAGCGCUGUCAGCGGGACUCCAUGCUGUCUCUGACAACUUUCUCUGCAGCUGCUGCUUCUGCCGCAACAGGUGGACAGCUCUGCUCCCAGGAAGUGAUGUGACUCUCUGGCUGGACUGAGAACAGAACCGUCGUUGUGAGAACCGAACCAUCAUCUCUAUUCUGGAUCAAACAGACUCCUCUUUGGUUAUCUUCUGGAUUGUUCCACAAGACUGCUCUAGAACCAGCGUCGGCUCUAAUGUUGAUUAUGUGAUCUGUCCCAGCACUAACAUGUCACACUGAGCAAAACUGAAACCAAGUAAAACACACUGAGUUUGACACAUCCACCAAUCUUGAGCCUUCACCAUGUGAGCUCAUAAGUAACUGCUGGCCUGUGAACGUAGCUCUGCUGUCUUUUUUGUUUUUCUGUGUCACUCAUCUUCGAGCAGAGCUGCAGUACAUGUGGAUAAGGAAAUAACCACAGUGAACUCGACACCAAGGGAAGAUAUGCAUGUUUCUUAGACUCUUUUCCUCCUUUAUUGAUGAUGCAGUAAUUCUGGUGAUAUUGAGAGCAUCUGUUGUUGUGAUGGCCGCUGCCUCCACUCCAGAGAAGCAUCCGCCCCUCCUGCAGCUCCAAGAGGUGGACUCCAGUCGAGUCGGCAGUCGUGUCCUCUCUCCGAUCCUCAGCUCCUCCUCUCCUAAUCUGUCCCUGGAAACCAACCAGCCCAUCUGCAUCCCGUCCCCAUACACCGACCUGAGCCACGACUUCACCCCUAUACCUUUCUACAGUCCAACCAUCUUCAGCUAUGCUGGUCCCAGCAUUUCAGACUGUCCCUCUGUCCAUCAGUCACUAAGCGCCUCUUUAUUCUGGCCCAGCCACGGCCAUGUGGGGCCGCCCAUACCUCUGCACCGCUCGCAGGCUCGACCCCAGCACAGCCAGCCCAGCCAGAGUCCGUGGGACGGUGUCUUAGCAGCCAGUAAGAGUGUGAGGAAGCGUUCCCAGGAGAACGAGGAGGGCGUGGUGUCAUCGGGCGGGAAGGCAGACCUCCACUACUGUGCUGUGUGUCAUGACUAUGCUUCAGGCUACCACUACGGAGUCUGGUCCUGUGAGGGGUGUAAGGCUUUCUUCAAGAGGAGCAUCCAAGGACACAAUGACUACAUUUGCCCAGCAACCAACCAGUGCACUAUCGACAAGAACCGCCGCAAGAGCUGCCAGGCAUGUCGCCUUCGCAAAUGCUAUGAAGUUGGGAUGACCAAAUGUGGUAUUCGAAAGGAGCGUGGAAACUACAGGAACCCGCAGACGAGGCGAGUGACCCGUCUGUCCUCGCAGGGGCGAGCCAACGGACCAAAGGUGUUAACUGGACCAGCAGAGGCUUUAUUAAAUGAGCCACACCCUCCUGCACUGACCCCAGAGCAGCUGAUCGAGCGAAUAAUGGAUGCGGAGCCGCCAGAGAUCUACCUCAUGAAGGACAUGAAGAGGCCGCUGACCGAAGCCAACGUCAUGAUGUCGCUCACCAACCUGGCUGAUAAGGAGCUGGUGCACAUGAUCAGCUGGGCCAAGAAGAUUCCAGGCUUUGUCGAGCUCGGCCUCUUGGACCAGGUGCACCUGUUGGAGUGCUGCUGGCUGGAGGUGCUGAUGAUCGGACUGAUGUGGAGGUCAGUGGACCAUCCAGGGAAACUCAUCUUCUCCCCAGACCUCAGCCUGAGCAGAGAGGAGGGGAGCUGUGUCCAGGGGUUUGCGGAGAUAUUUGAUAUGCUGAUCGCUGCCACGUCCCGGGUGAGAGAGCUCAAGCUGCAGAGGGAGGAGUACGUCUGCCUCAAGGCCAUGAUCCUCCUUAACUCCAACAUGUGCCUCAGCUCCUCAGAGGGCAGUGAGGACCUGCAGAGUCGUUCCAAACUGCUAUCUCUCCUGGACGCUGUAACGGACGCUCUGGUGUCGGCUAUCGGCAAAACCGGCCUCACCUUCCGCCAGCAGUACACCCGCCUUGCCCACCUGCUCAUGCUGCUCUCACAUAUCCGCCAUGCCAGUAACAAAGGCAUGGACCAUCUUCACUGCAUGAAAAUGAAGAACAUGGUGCCUUUGUACGACCUCCUGUUGGAGAUGCUGGACGCCCACAUCAUGCACAGCUCCCGUCUGCCUCGCCAGCCUCCUCAGCAGGAGUCCACAGAUCAGGAGGAGGUUUCCGUUCAGCCGCACAGCUCCGGGGUCGGACCCUCAAAUACCUGGACGCCCAGCAGCGCCGGAGUCGAAGGUGCACCCCAGUAGUCACAUCAGAAUUCAAAUGCAAUGAAAUUUCACUGCUUUGCACAAAAGUAGUAGACAGGACUGGGGUGCUUUAUAGGAACUAUCUGCAAAGAUUGAGAGCUGGAUUCUCUGAUCGAUCACUGCUGAAUCUUUGACACACUGUGCACUAUUUCUGGUGAAUUUCCCAAAUCUGCAAAGCUAAAGCUGUAGAUGAAAAGCCAAACCUGCCAGAUUCAUUGCCUUGCCUCUAUAUAUCAAAAAGCCAGACUGGAACAGGAGCUGUUCUCAAACUGGUAGUUUGACCAUUGGGACCAGUGUUUGCUUCAUUCUACAUGUAACACAUUACUGUGGGCCUUGAGUUGCUGUGGUUUUCAGUGAUUACAACGUCAUCUGCUUCAAAUAAACCACAGGUGCUGUUUGAUGAGAAGGCCAGAGCUGGACAGUAACCCUCUCAGGCAGUAAAUAAUUACAGCAAAGCUUUUUACUGCUUUAUCAGUCCAUAUAUUUGCCCCUUGCUGGUACAAUCAUGGAGGUGUAACCAACAGCUGUGUAAUGAUGCCCACAGAGAUGGCAACCAGGGGUCUGCUGUAGAGUUUAAGUCUGAAUUAGGAGAAACCUGAACCUAACCUUUCUUUGACAAAUCCCAACUUUGUGCUUUGCCUUUGUUAUGUUUUUUAUUUUUUAACAAAUGCUUAGCUGUUAACUAACUGUUCACAGAUAAGACUGCAAGCAAAGAUUGUCAUUAUCAGCUAAGCUGCUGAUUAUUUGGUUAUUUUAACAAAUUUAUCACAGUGUAUGCAAGUAAAAUACCUACUGUAAUUUCCCACAGAACACAGUCAUGUCUUUAGAUGUGCUCUUGUGGUCAAUCAGUCCCAGAUCCAAAGAUAUUCCAUUUAAUACUAUGUAUGCCAAGAAAAAGCAUCAAAUCAUCACAUUUGAGAGGCUAAAAGCAAAUGUUUGACAUCUUAAAACUAGUUCUUUACUCUGUCUUGGGUUAAACAACAUUCGGCGAUUUCAUUUGAUUGAGAAAAGCAGACAUCCUAUCUACAACAUACAACAGAAGUGAGUUCUGACAAAGUUCUGGUGUUCUCAGCUCUUUUUAGAACCGUGUUCAUGCAGUUAGACUGAUGGUAAAUCACAGGUGAAUUCAGUUUGCUUUUAAUGAUCACAGGUUUUGUAACUUGUGUGUCAUUUCUCCUCACAAGUGCACUCACAAGUUCUACUACUUGGUUUUUUUCAAUACUCUGUUUUGAAAGUGUUUGUUUUUGAUUGUUCAUAAAAGAAAAUACUCGACUGUUUGACUUUGAAGUAAUGCGAUUACUGAUACAAUGUUGAGUCUUUUGAUGUUUAAGUGAUACUGCACAAGGUGUUCUCACUUCUGUUGUAUGAUGUAUUUAUUCUGCAAAUUGUUUCUACUAAUGUUUUAGAAUUCAAUUUCCAAAUUCCAUGAUUCUGAUACAGCGUGUUGCUAUAAAUAUACUGUGAUUCAAGCUGCUGCUGUGGCGCUCAGACCUCUGGUUGACCACUACAGGGUGCUUUACCUUAUCGCCUGCUUACACCAGUCUUUGCUCUAUUUUUCAAAGACAUCUUGUUUCCUGUGAAGAACCAUCACCACUGUUGCUCUUAGGAAGACAUGGCAGGUUUUUUCUUGAAGAAAAAGACUAUUUUUGUAUUUUGCUACAGUAGUUAUUGUGACAUGAUGCAGCUUUAACAAUCACUGCAAGAUUAAUGGUUCUUCACCAGCUGUAGGCGUCUGUAUGUCUGGUCCUUGUGCAUUUCCUAUCAACACUCGCUUUGUCACCAUUCAGCAAAUUGUGUUAUCACUGUGUAUAUGUACUUACAGUGUACUUCAUGCUCCUUGACAAAAUGUCACUCGUUGCUCAUUUCUGGUGAAAACCUUUAUCAAUGAAUGUGUAAACCAGUAAAAUUCUACAAACACC